AAACAAGCUUCGCGCCACAGCCGCGGAUACCGGCCGAGUUGGUUGAUCAACUAUCAAGUCCGCCUCGCCGCGCGCACUCGCACGGACGUGUCGUGUUCUCGCGCCAAAAUGGUCGCCUCAUUCCGAUUUCACGCAUCGAACGCUUAAACUUUUCGAUCGCUGUAACUUUAACUGUUAUUUUUUUUACAAAUCAACAGUUUUUAGUGGUGUGGGUGUUAACAAAUGUGUUAUAGUGACUGGUGAUUGUAUUUGUCAGUUGUUUUUAUUUCAAAUUUAAUGCACAAUGCAAACGGUUAUUGUUAUUGAGUCGUCAAGUGUGUACGAAAUUGCACAGUUGGGAAAAUGUUGACAGGAUACCUAUUCCUAGUGUUCUGUGUGCUUGUGUGCCUGAUAUUCCCAUCAGGGAUCUGUUCUAGUCUGCUAUGCGGGCGCACAGAGAAACUGGAGUUAGGCAGCAACAGCGGGGCGGGGGCUGCGCUGGCGCUGGCCUUAGUCCGGCCCCCCUCCGCACCCCGCACCCCCUGCCAGCUCAGCCUCACCGCGCCUGAAGCUGCUGCAUUCGCUGUCAGGCUUAUAGAUGUUAAGGGGGCAAACGAGCAGACGAAUCGCCUGAUGGUAAGCGAUCAGCGCCGCCCAUGGACACCCGCAACACCAGAGGAGUCACAGGAAUCACUAACAGAUUGGGAGAGAGGUAUAACAGACGUCCAGUUGCCACCAGUAGCCGGGGCGUUAAACCGCAAAUGGAGCGCGCGGACAGCUGCGCACGCGCAAGACACUGCCACCGACCAAUCAGCGCCUGUUAACAACAGCACCGAUGCUUGCAAGCUGCUUAUUUACAUCGGCGAUGCCAAAACUCCGAUGUGGCGUCUCAACCUCUGCGGAGGUAACGCUGCAGCCGUGGCAGCGAGGGCUGGUACCAAGCUGCUGCCAUCCAAGCUGAGGAUCGUGUGGAACCCUCCCACUUCCCCCUACCAACACACCGAGAAGUUGCGGCUGGUGGUCACUGCUGUUAAUAGUGGUUCCAUCUGCAACAACGACUCCCAAUUCAUAUGCGGUGUGACCAGCCUCUGCAUAUCCUCAUACCUAGUCUGUGAUGGAGUCAGGCACUGCCCUGGAGGAGAGGAUGAGGACCCAGCAGCCUGCUCCCAUAGGCAUGAUCCUCCACUCCUUGAACUCCUUAGGAGAUUCGCUGCAAGGAACCAGGAGUUGUUGGGGUUGGAUCAGCCUGAUGGGAUGACGAAACCUUCUGUUAUAAGCGAUUUGACCCUUUCAGUGAAGAUCAGCGAGAGUGAGAAGCCUUCCAACGCCUUCAUGGAGUUCGCUGCGGCGCUGAAGCCGUACGGACCCUGGAGCUACCUGGUGGUCGGCAUGCUGGUCUGCGCCACUAUACUCAUGUUCUGCCUGGCUUGGGAAUGUUGCUGCAAGCGCUCCAAGCCGUCGGACACGCCAGUCAACAUCCCGCCAUCGUGCAUCGAUCUCUCGCCCACUGUCACAGUGACAGCCGCAUCACAGCAACUCUUCACCCAACCCCUUCCCCCCUCCCCCCCUGAAUACGAACCACCCCCAUCCUACUCCUCACUAUUCCCCCGAGCCUUCAAAUCAUCCCCCACCCCAGUACCACACUGCUCACACCAAGAACCUCCGGAUUGAACUCACCAACUCAGUUCUAGUAGCACAUAAGUAGAAUAUUACAAUUCUCUAGUAUUAAGAGUAGUGGGGAAAAGACAGUGUUUGACACAGAAAUGUUAUUAUGUAAAAUUAAGCGAAAUUAUAACUUAUGCCUGUUUGCAUAGGGACUGGUAAAUUGUGAUUGGUUGUGAAAAUAGGACUAUUUUGAAAAUAGCCGUCGCAUUAUGACUUUUGGUAAAAUUAUUUUGCUUUGCAAAAUGCAAUCUUAAUUCAAAGAACAUUUGUACCAGAAAAGAUUCCUACCGAUCAUAAUUUACCAGUCGCCCUAACGCAAACGGCCUAAGCAACCAUGAAAAUUGGACUGACUUGGUUGUCCUACUAAAAUAAAAACAAUGACCUACCAAUGCCUACCAUUCAUACAUACUUGAUUAAAAUAUGACGUAUUUUCACAACGUAACUUUAAAUUACAUUUGGAUUUAAGAGGUUGACGCAUUUCUAUAGGUCUUAUGAGUAACGAGACCACAGUGUUCCUUAGCAGUCAAUAAUUCCAAAUGUAACCCUUCAUACUCAGUAAAUAGAGGUCAAUUUGGCAUGUAUUUAAUUUAUUAUUCAUGUCCUAAUUGCUAGUUUAAAGCUAACAGGAUAACUAAUUGUUUCUUACUAGCAGAAUAAUGUCAAACAAUGUUUCAAAGAAAAUGUUCAGAAUGGAUCGUGACUCGUGACGAAACCAUAUUUUAUUUGGAGAAAUAUUGACGUAUAUUUGACGAAUACGAAAUGAAAUUGACCAAUUAAAAAUUAAUAAGCUGGUUACACAUUUUCUUUGAAACUUUAGUUCGAAUAUUUUCGUGGGUUAUUCAAUUUGAAACUACAAUGUAACAAUUUAUUUUCUGUCUCUCUGACUAAAACGUGUCUAUGACCUGUGCGUUGAGCGUACUGUGUAACCUAGGUAGGUAUUUUUUUAUAUGUGACAAAGUAAAUAAUGACUAAAGUAAAUUAAAUACACAAAUUGACCUUCUAUUUACUAAAAAUCUAAAUAUCAUAGGUUUAAUCAAAAUAGGUAUGGGUUUAAUACCAAUGAACAGACACUAUCAUAGGAUAUUAGUAGAUAUUUUAUAAUUUCAAUAUUAAUUUGUGAAAAGUACAUUACGGUAGCUAAGACAAAAGCCAUGUAGUUACAAGUACAAUAGGAUAAUGCGUAUUUUAAUAUAUUUUUCACGUUAUUACACAUAAGGUUGGCAUUAUAUUAAUAUAACUACAUUGUUAUUAAAAUCUAAUAGUUUUGGGACCAAAUACCUUCAUGAGAUUUACUCAUUUAUAACUUCUCAAUUUAAGUAAAAAAAUGUAGUGCGUCUGAAUAAAAAGUGCCUUAGAGUAUCUGUAUAGAUUUACUAAAAAAAUAAAAUAAAAAAACUUCAGUGUAUUUGUGAAAUUGGCGGGAACGAUGACAUUUGCGCUGUGUGCAAUUUUUUAUCUGUGUUACUAUUAUUUUAUUCGUAAAAGCAAUAUUUUGUGUAUCUAAAGAUUGUGUUUGACACGACGUAAUAAAUACAUAAAUACGGUACAGUUUGACCAUUCUAUAAACUUUGAAAAUCAUAUAAAAACAUUCACUUUGACAGUGUUGAUUUUUGACAAGAUUCAAAGUUUUUGACAAAAAAUGCAUGUAAGUAAAAUGUGAAAUGACCACUCAAUAUCUUGCAGUUUUUUAAUAAAAAAAAUAUUAUUUUAUCUUUUUUCGUUAGCACAAUGUUGAAUAAUUUGAUAUAGUUAAAUAUUUAUCUUUCUUUAUUGUCAUUGGCCAUUUCUGUAGUGUGAUAAUAAAAAAAUAAAUUGAAUAGAAGCGUGUCUGUGCUAAGUAAAGUUUUACUAGUCUUCUUAGAAUCUUUAUAACUUUCAAUAUUUUAUUAGUAUUUUACUUUAAUACUUGUAUUAAUUAGAUUUUGUUAAAUAUUAGUUCAUAAAAUGAAUUCCAUUGUAAGAAAAGAAGUGAUAUGUAUUAUAGUAAAAUAUUAACAAAAACAUAUUAUAAAGUAUUUAUUUUAAUAA